AUCCAAACGUGGGAAUAUUAAGAUGUGAAUUCCGUACAGACCUCAACACUCGAGUGAAUCUCUGCACUCCUUCAAAAUGCCGCUUGAGUUGUUCCUUGACCUUCAUUCUCAACCUUGUCGCUCUGUCUUCAUUUUUGCCAAGGCAGCCAACAUUCCAUUUGAAUACAAGGCUGUUGUUCUGGCUUCAGGUGAGCAGUAUGGAGACGAGUUUGCGAAAAUCAGUAUUGUCCGAAAGGUCCCCGUCAUGAGGGAUGGAGACUUCAUCCUGACGGAGAGUACAGCUAUUCUGAUGUACAUGGUCCGUAAAUUUGGUACCCCUGAUCACUGGUACCCUGCAGACCUUCAGAAACGUGCAAGAGUAGACGAAUACCUGGCCUGGCAGCAUUCAAAUAUGAGAGCUCAUGGAUCAAAGGUCUUCUGGUUCAGGGGGGUACUGCCUAUGGUCACUGGUGAACCAGUACCCAAAGAAAAGAUGGACUCCGCUCUAGAGGACCUUAACAUGACUCUGAAGCUGUUUGAGGAGAAGUUCCUACAGAACAAUCCUUACAUAAUUGGAGAGCAAAUAUCUCUGGCAGACCUGGUGGCUAUAGUGGAGAUAAUGCAGCCAGUUGGCACCGGUCUGGAUGUGUUUGAAGGCAGGCCCGCUCUGAGUGCGUGGAGGGACAGGGUGAAGAAAGCUGUGGGCGAGGCUCUGUUUGAUGAGGCUCAUAAGGUUAUCAUGAGCCCCGGAGAUCUCAAACAGACCCUGACAGGCCAAGAAAUGCCGGAGUUUCUCAAGAUACGAGUUCAGAAAAUGUUCAUCUGAUGACGCUUCUUCUCACGCUCAAUAAAAAAAAAACAAAAAAAACGUUCCCGAAAUCUCACCUGAACAUAUCUCGUCUCCACGAUUUGGUUGUCACGGUUAACUGCAGAUUGAAUUGUCUUUAACGUGUUUUCAUGAAUCAGGUGUUCAAAAUGUCAAAAAUAAGACAAAGCAUG